AUGGAAUCUGGGAGAAGGGGAUGGAAUAUGGGAGAAGGGGAUGGAAUCUGGGAGAAAGGGAUGGAAUUUAGGAGAAGGGGAUGGAAUCUGGGAGAAGGGGAUGCAGUCAGAGAGAAGGGGAUGGAAUCGGGGAGAAGGGGAUGGAAUCAAAGAGAAGGGGAUGGAAUUUGGGAGAAUGGGAUGGAUUUGGGAGAAGGAGAUGGAAUCUGGGACAAGGGAAUGGAAUCUGGGAGAAGGGGAUGGAAUCUGGGAGAAGGGGAUGGAAUCUGGGAGAAGGGGAUGAAAUCUGGGAGAAGGGGAUGGAAUCUGGGAGAAGGGGAUGGAAUCAGGGAGAAGGGGAUGGAAUCCGGGAGAAGGGAUGGAAUCUGGGAGAAGGGGAUGGAAUCUGGGAGAAGGGGAUGGAAUCUGGGAGAAGGGGAUGGAAUCAGGGACAAGGUGAUGGAAUCGGGGAGAAGGGAUAGAAUCUGGGAGAAGGGAAUGGAAUCUCGGAGAAGGGGAUGGAAUCUGGGAGAAGUGGAUGAAAUUUGGGAGAAGGGGAUGGAAUCUGGGAGAAGGGGAUGGAAUCUGGGAGAAGGGGAUGAAAUCUGGGAGAAGGGGAUGGAAUCUGGGAGAAAGGGAUGGAAUCAGGGAGAAGGGGAUGGAAUCUGGGAGAAGGGGAUGGAAUUUAGGAGAAGGGGAUGGAAUCUGGGAGAAGGGGAUGCAGGAGAAGGGGAUGAAAUCUGGGAGAAGGGGAUGGAAUCUGGGAGAAGGGGAUGGAAUCAGGGAGAAGGGGAUGGAAUCUGGGAGAAGGGGAUGGAAUCUGGGAGAAGGGGAUGGAAUCUGGGAGAAGGGGAUGGAAUCUGGGAGAAGAGGAUGGAAUCAGGGAGAAGGGGAUGGAAUCUGGGAGAAGGGGAUGGAAUCAGGGAGAAGGGGAUGGAAUCUGGGAGAAGGGGAUGGAAUCUGGGAGAAGGGGAUGGAAUUUGGGAGAAGGGGAUGAAAUCUGGGAGAAGGGGAUGGAAUCUGGGAGAAGGGGAUGGAAUCUGGGAGAAGGGGAUGGAAUCUGGGAGAAGGGGAUGGAAUCUGGGAGAAAGGGAUGGAAUCAGGGAGAAGGGGAUGGAAUCUGGGAGAAGGGGAUGGAAUCUAGGAGAAGGGGAAGGAAUCUGGGAGAAGGGGAUGCAGUCAGAGAAAAGGGGAUGGAAUCGGGGAGAAGGGGAUGGAAUCAAAGAGAAGGGGAUGGAAUUUGGGAGAAUGGGAUUGAUUUGGGAGAAGGAGAUGGAAUCUGGGAGAAGGGAAUGGAAUCUGGGAGAAGGGGAUGGAAUCUAG